AUGCUUCUUCCCAAGGGCGGCAUCACCUGGAAGUCGGCAAAGGCACAGCUACCCCCUACCAGAGCGAUAUGGGUAUUCCUAACAAAAACGCGCGUUCUUCUCACCAUUGCCAUUGUCGGCGUACUUCUAUUACUAUGGCGCGGCAUCAGGUCGUCGGCGGGCGAGAUGCAAAGUUUUUACUGCUGGGGCCCGUCGAAACCACCGAUGGAUAUGACCCUCAAUGAGCAACAGGCCUGGCACGCGCAUCUCCAGACCCCCGUCAUUUUCAACCACCAUGCUCCCAUCACUAUCAACAACUCUGAGAUACAGCAUGUCGAUCUCAACUCGGUUCAAUCAACGCGUCAAGCCAUCGACAACGAGGAGCGCGUCCUCAUCCUCACCCCUCUGAAAGAUGCCGCGCCCUACAUUCCCCAUCACGUAGAUCUGCUUGUCGAACUCACCUAUCCUCACCACCUCAUCGACCUCGCCUUCCUCGUCGGCGACUCCUCAGACGACACUAUGGCCGUCUUGGCUAUGGAAUUGGAUCGCGUUCAAAAGCGCAAGGAUAGCACUGUGCCCUUCAACAGCGUCACCAUCGUGGAGAAGGACUUCGGCAGUCAUCUGAGCCAAUCCGUUGAGGAUCGACACGGUUUCGAAGCCCAAGGACCCCGACGGAAAGCCAUGGGUCGUGCCCGUAACUACCUGCUCUCCACCGCCCUCAAGCCAGAUCACUCCUGGGUGUAUUGGCGCGACGUUGAUAUUGUCGAGAGUCCUCCUCGGAUUCUAGAGGACUUCAUCUCUCGCGACCGAGAUAUUCUCGUCCCGAAUGUCUGGUUUCACCGCUACGAAGAUGGGAAGGAUAUAGAAGGCAGAUUCGAUUACAACUCUUGGAUCGAAUCUGACAAAGCGCUGAGACUCACCAGCAAACUCGACAAGAACGUCGUUCUAGCUGAAGGCUACAAGCAAUACGACACGGGAAGGACAUAUAUGGCUCGUAUGGGUAACCGCGCUGACGACCCUUUCGAGGAGAUCGAACUUGACGGCAUUGGUGGUGUGAACAUUCUGGUUAAGGCUGAAGUGCACCGAUCAGGUAUCAACUUUCCCUGUUACGCGUUUGAGAACCAGGCAGAGACCGAGGGCUUCGCAAAGAUGGCGAAGAGGGCAGGCUUUGAGGUCAUCGGCCUGCCCAACUACGUCGUGUGGCACAUCGAUACGGAAGAGAAGCCUGGCAACGCAUAG